UCGGAAUGAAAGAGGAAUGAAAGUACUGACUUCCGUUAUCAACAAAAAUACACGAGGGAUAACGAAGCUUUUAUAAUUUGUUCUCAUUUCUUUUUUAAAUGAAAGAAUCGAUAGAUCUAGCUAUUGACUCUACUUUUUUUGGAAAUGUCAUUAGUUCCAUCCCUUCAAGCUGGCUCCCAGUUUGGAAAAUAUACUUUUUCUCAUGACUCAAAAUUUAUGUUUUGCUGUUGUGGCAAUAUCAUAAAGAUAUUUAACACAAGAAAUGGUGAAUUGCUCCAUGACCUUAAGGGUCAUUCCAAAACUGUCACUGGUGUGGUUGUUAACCCAAGUAAUAUCUUACAGCUUUUAUCUUGUGGUAGAGAUGGACUUUUAAUAUCUUGGGACUACCUUGAUGGUGUAAAACUAAAGCAACAUCAUCUGCACAUGACAUUAAAUGGUAUCAUUUCUAUAAGUGCUGAGAAAAAGUCCAUAAUUAUGCUCGCUAGAUCUUCAGAGCAUAAACAGUAUUUUUCUGUUAUGUUGUGGAAAAAGAAUGCUGAAGGAGAAUAUUCCAGACCAAAAGUUCUAUUAGACAACUGUGAUGGCAAUUCUAAUUUGGUUUCUUUUGGAUGUUCUAAAGAGUAUAUAGCCUCUGCACUGAAGGAUAAACUGUCUGUUCAUUCUAUGAAGAGAGAAGCUACUGAGAUAGUCAGUAUGAAAGAUAAAUAUAACAAAGACAAAGCUAUCACCUGUGUUGCCUGCCAUCCUUCUGACUACUGCAUAGCUACUGGUCUAGAAAAUGGCAAAAUUAUUAUAUGGCAUAAUUUUUUUAAGAAUGCAGAACCUGUUACUUCAAUCAAUCAUUGGCAUGCUCUAUCUGUUUCCUGUUUAGAAUAUACACCUGAUGGAUCCAAUUUACUCAGCGGUGGUCAUGAAUGUGUGCUAGUUAGAUGGCAGACCAAUAAUACAGAUCGUCGUGAUUUCAAGCCACGUAUGGGAGCACCACUCAAAGAGAUAGUUGUCUCACCAGAUGGAAAUUUCUAUGCAACUAAACAUACAGACAAUGUGAUUCAACUUAUGGAUAUCAGUUUAAAAAUUCUGCAAGUUUACAGAGGAAUGACCCAUAACAAUUUCUGCAUGGGUAAUGGCAAAAACCCUAUUCCCUGUGGUUUAAUUUAUGAUUCCAAAUGGAGAACUAUUGUUCUUAAUGGAUUAUUGGGAUGUCUUCAAUUUUAUUCAGUUUCAUUGAAUAAACAGAUUUUCAAUCUGGAUAUUGUUGGACAAAAUUAUAUUUCUCCUGAAAACCUGGAGUCAGCUCAACAUGUUACUGAACUUCUGAGUGCAGCAAUCAGUGACGAUGGUGACUGGCUGGCUACAUUUGAAAUGUGGGAGGAUGGUGUCUUUCAACCUGAGCUAAGACUUAAAUUCUGGAACUAUAGCACAGAAUCUCAAACGUAUGUCUUGAACACCAGUGUUGAAUCUCCACAUGAGAAAAGAAUAACAAGUAUGGUGUACAGGCCCAGGAACCAGAACAGAGCUCCUACUUUAGUCACUGUUGGCUCAGAUUUAUGUUUCAAACUUUGGACCUUAGUUGAUGAUACUGACAUCUACAGAACUAAUAACCAUUGGACAUGUGAAUCUGUUGGUAUCUACCAUGAUUUAGCUGCUCUUUGUGCUGAUUUUUCUUCCGAUGGAUCUACACUAGUUGUUGGAUUUAACCAUUUGAUAACUAUUUGGGAUCCUGAUUGGAAUAUUCACAAAGCAACACUUUCCAAUUCUAUCAAGGACAGACAGCAGAUUUUAAAUGUUAAGUUUGGAAGUGGAAGUUACUCUCACCAGUUAGUGGCAGCCACAUCAGACAGACUAUUUUCUUGGAAUCUGGUGACUUUAAACAUUAUGUGGAGCAUUGCAGUAGAUGUUGUUGUCCUUUUUAGAGACCCAUCAUCUGAUCUUAUGGCCUUUGUUUCUAGCUCUAAAUCCUUGUGUGUAUUCCGGCCAGGUAGUGCUGAGCCAGUCUACCAACAUGACUGCAUAAGUGGUUAUAAUGUUGUGGGUGCUGUAUUUGUGCCUGAUGGGAGAAAUGAAAGUCUAGUUGACCUUGGCUGGCCAGGUCGCUCUCAGAUCUAUAUCUUUAAUGAAAAACAGCAGCUUAUUACAUUGGAUCUAGAAACUGAUCAACAUAAAGAACCAAACAAGAUUCGCAUAGCUCAAAACCUUCCAGCUAGUACACUGAGCACUAUGCUGGCAGAGAAGUUGGUUCGUGAGAGCAGCGCAAAGAUUAAUAAAAAAACACACUCCUCUAAUGAUUCAUUGAUUACAAAGUUUCUACACUCUAACGAGUCCAUCUCCUUACACUGUGAUCAAUAUUUGCAUAGUUUUCUUGUUAAAAAGAAACAGAAGAAAACAAAAUCUGAUCAUUCUGCACGUGAUUUGGACCCAGGCAGCAGAGAUGAAGACAUGUCCAGUUCUGAAUCUGAAGAAGAAGUGGACACAAUGAAUGACAAUAUAGAUGAAAGUAAUAAUGUACUUGUGUCCAAGAAACCAAGUGAACAGGCAAAGGACAUAGUUGACAUGGACUCAAUGUUAGCCAAGUGGACAAACUGGACCAAUUUUUGUGAAUCUUUGGCGGCCACCAUUAAUUCCAAAAUGUUAUAAGUCCUGUGCUUGUAAAUAAUCUGAAUGUACAUAUUUUAUUGAGAAUAAAUGCUGAUACUUUUA